AUGUCUCCUGACACCGUGGGCACGGGAAAUAUGGCGCUCUCCUGGGUGCUACAACUGACUGUGGCCUUGGCAUUCCUGGCACAGCCAUCUGCAUCUAUAUCAGGCGUGAGUCCUGCUCACAAUGGCGAAGUGUGCAGCACGUGGGGUAAUUUCCACUUCAAGACCUUUGAUGGAGAUUUCUUCCAGCUGCCAUUCAUCUGUAAUUACAAGCUAUUGUAUCUAUGUGAGGACCCCAGCAACCUCAACAUCCAGUUCAGGAGGGUCUUGCAGAAUGGCGAACCCACAAUCACAGCUCUCUCCAUGACGCUGCAGGGAGACGUUAUACAAUUCUCCCCUGACUCAGUCUUCGUAGAUAAAAAGAAGGUCAAUCUACCUUUCUCUGCCUAUGGACUCCGUAUUGAAAAGACAGAGUCCUACCUGAAGGUCACAGCCAAAUUUGGAGUGGUUCUCACCUGGAAGAAAGAUGACUCUCUCUCGGUGGAACUGGCGACCAAGUACAGAAACAAAACAUGUGGGCUUUGUGGAGACUUCAAUGGCAUCCAGAUCUAUAAUGAGUUCACUGAAAAUGGUGAGUCACUGAGUGUUGUUGAUUAUGGUCACAAGUUUAAAGGAGAUGGCCCGACUGAGGUCUGUGAAGAGGUUGACAUCAGGCCAAAUGAUGAAUGCUCAAAUGCGACGGUUAUAUGUGGACAGUGGUUGACACUUCCUGAAUUCAGUGACUGCCGGUCUCUGAUCCCUACGGAGGAUUUUGUGCAGGCGUGUGUGAAGGACUUGUGUCAGUGCAACACCAGCAGGGAGGUGUGUGUCUGUGAUACGCUCGCCGAGUUCUCACGCCAGUGCGGCCAUGCAGGAGGAACACCCCAAGAGUGGAGGAGCCCCGAUUUCUGUAGAGCAACUUGCCCUUUGAACAUGGAGCACCAGGAGUGUGGCAAUCCUUGCCCUGAUACCUGCUCUAAUCAGGAAAGGAGUAAGCUAUGUGAUGAACACUGCACUGAUGGAUGUUUCUGCCCCAAUGGAACUGUUUUCGAUGACAUCACGCAGUUGGGUUGUGUCCAGCGUGAGGACUGUCCCUGCUAUCACAAUGGCCAAGUGUACAAGUCUGGACAAUCAUACUCCAGAUUCUGCCAGAACUGCACCUGUGAGCAGGGACAGUGGAGGUGCCUCCAGCUGGAAUGCCCAGGCACCUGUUCACUGACGGGGGGCUCUCACAUCAACACCUUUGAUGGGACGACAUACACCUUUCACGGAGAGUGCUUCUACAUCCUGGCAAUGCUGGAGGACAUAACAGUUCUGGCAGAGAUCAGAUCAUGCGAGGAGAGUUCCACAGUGUCCUGUUUGAAGUCGGUCACUCUGAAAACAAUUGAAACUAUUGUUGUCAUUAAAUCAAGCGGAACUGUGUCAGUCAAUGGAAUGCCUACUACACUGCCGUUGCACAACAGCUACUUCAAAAUAUUCAAGCCCUCAACAUUCUACAUCAUUGCGUACCACGAUGGGCUGCACAUGGAAAUUCAGUUGAUACCCAUCAUGCAGGUUAACAUCAUAGCCAGCCCUAAAUCCAAAACAAAAACAACCGGUCUCUGUGGAAACUUUAAUGAUGUCAUGAAUGAUGACUUUAAAACUGAGAGCGGCUUGACUGAAGGGAGUGCAGUGUCUUUUGCCAACACCUGGAAGGUUCAUGGCAAAUGUCCGGACGUGAAGCAAACCAAUGAGAACCCUUGUAGCAUGAAUGUGGAAAAAGCCAACUAUGCCAGGUCAUGGUGUCCUCUGCUCACUGCUCGUAAUGGAGUUUUUGCCCCAUGUCAUUUGGAAGUCAAUCCAGAAUCCUUCAAAGAUAACUGUAUGUAUGACAGCUGUAACUGUGAGAACAGUGAGGAGUGCAUGUGUGCAGCACUGUCAUCAUAUGUGCAGGCCUGCUCCGCCAGGGGAAUCCUGCUCUCCAACUGGAGGAACGGCAUCUGUGAUAACUAUACUUCUACCUGCCCCCGGACCAUGGUCUAUUCAUACAACAUGGUGAGCUGUGGGCGGACUUGUUUAUCGCUUAGCAACCACGAGCCCAGCUGUCAGGUGAAAUACGGACCAGUGGACGGCUGUGGCUGUGCGGAGGGCACCUACCUGAGCGACAAAGAUGAGUGUGUGUCGGAGACCACCUGCCCCUGUGUUCAAAACGGCGACGUCAUACGGCCAGGAGAGGUCAUCAAGAACGAUGGGGUUUUGUGUACAUGCAGAAGUGGAACACUGCACUGCAGAGGACAUUCAAAUGAACAAAUUUGCAGUAGUAAUAUGAUCUAUGUGAACUGCUCCAACUCGAACGAAACAAAAGGGGCAGAGUGUCAGAGAAGCUGUUUUUCAGGAUACCAAGAGUGUUAUAGCACACAGUGCGAGUCUGGCUGUAUGUGUCCUCCUGGUGAGUUCCUUGACCAGAAUCUUGAGUGUGUGAAGGAGGAGGACUGCCCAUGCAAACACAACGGGGUCUACUAUGAGCCAGGAUCAACAGUCAUGGACGACUGCAACACAUGCACUUGCAAAAACAGAAAGUGGGCGUGUACAACACAAAACUGCUAUGGCACUUGUGUGAUGUAUGGCGAUGGACAUUACAUCACGUUUGAUGGGAAACGCUUCACAUUUGAUGGAGAAUGUGAUUAUUAUCUCACUGAGGAUGGUGUUGGGGAAGGGAACAGUUCAUUCCACGUCAUCACUGAAAACAAUCGAUGUGGAGCAUCCGGGGCUGCAUGCUCCAAAGCUGUGAGGGUCUUUAUUGAGGGCUAUGAGAUUAAACUGGCAGAGGAUGACGCCCAAGUGAUUAAGCAAAGCAACAAUGCUGAGCUGUAUCAAAUCCACACCAUUGGCAUAUAUCUGGUGAUUGAGACGAGCAAAGUAGUUCUGAUGUGGGAUAAGAAGACAACUGUUAUGAUACGGCUGAGUUCAGAGUUACAGGGCAAGGUACGUGGCCUUUGUGGAAACUACGACGGCAAUGGAAACAAUGAAUUCAUCUCUAGGGCAGGACAAGAAGUCCUCGAUGUUGUGUCAUUCGGGAACAGCUGGAGCUACUCAGCCAACUGUCCAAAGGCAGUGGAAGUUAAAGACCCAUGUGCCGCCGAACCCCACAAGGAGGCUUGGGCACACAAACAGUGCAAUAUCAUCAACAGCAAAGUGUUCGAAGCCUGCCACGUUCUGGUGGACCGCUCCCCAUACUAUGACGCAUGCGUGAGGGACACCUGUGCCUUGGGAGGAGACUGCGGAGGAAACUGCGAGUGCUUUUGCACAACCAUAGCGGCCUACGCUGCAGCAUGCAGAAUUAAGGGAGCCUGCAUCUCAUGGAGGACGCCUAAAGUCUGCCCAAUAUUUUGUGACUACUACAACCAGCCAGAUGGGUGUGAGUGGCACUAUAAACCAUGUAGUCCUCCAUGUCUGAAGACCUGCAGAAACCCCUCAGCGAAAUGCUCAUCCGACAUCCCAAAGAUAGAGGGUUGUUUUCCCAAUUGCCCUAGUGAGAGACCUUUCUUUGAUGAGAAAACCAUGAAGUGUGUCCCGGCGCAUAAGUGUGGCUGCUACGUUAAUGGAACUCAUUAUGGUGAAGAAAAAGAUUUGCCUUCAACUGAACCAUGCCAAACAUGUAUUUGUUCAUCGGGAAAACCUAAAUGCAACUAUAAUGAAACAGCUUGCUACUGUGAAUACAAUGGGAAUAAAUAUCCAUUAAAUUACAUCAUCUACACAACAAAUGACGGAGCAGGAUCCUGUCUCGAAGCUAAGUGUAAAGAGAAUGGAACUAUAAGUCGGAAUAUCUAUACAUGUGUGACAACGACACAGUCUCCACCUUUCACUUUCACCACAAGCUCCACAGUAAGUCCUACCACAACCACAAUCAGCACAACGACAGCUGCCACAACCACAACAACAGCUACCACACUUAGUCCUACCACAACCACCAUCAGCACAACGACAGUCACAACUACGACAACCCCAACAACCACAACAGAGACCACAACUACACCAUCAACAAUCUCUCCAAGCACUCCUAGUGUGAGCACCACAGCUGGCAGGACUACGUCAAGUUGUCAGUCUGAAUUAGUGUGUAAAUGGACCGACUGGAUAGAUAACAGUUAUCCAAAACCUGGACCAAAUGGAGUGGAGAUUGAAACACUGGAAAACAUCACAUGCCAUACUUAUGGAGAAGUCCAGUGUAGGGCCAAGAAGUAUCCAACGUUGACAAUAGAAAACUUGGGUCAAAAUGUGCAAUGUGGUCCUUCAGGAUUAACCUGCAGAAACAAGGAGAAGUCUAACGAUACAUGUCAUAAUUAUGAAAUACGAGUCAGAUGUUGCAUUUGUUUAGGUACAACAACCACAACAGAGACCAGAACUACACCAUCAACAAUCUCUCCAAGCACUCCUACUGUAAGCACAACAACAGUCACAACUAUGACAUCCCCAACAACCACAACAGAGACGACAAAUACACCAUCAACAAUCUCUCCAACCACUCCUACUGUGAGCACAACAGGUGGCACAACAACAACAUCAGGUACCACACUAAGUCCUACCACAACCACCAUCAGCACGACAGUCACAACUACAACACCCCCAACAACCACAACAGAGACCACAACUACACCUGUGAGCACAACAGCUGCCACAACCACUACCGAAGAAACAACUACAACUACUACAACUGGCCCAACAACAACAUCAAGAGAGAGCACAAGUACACUAACAACUACAAGCCCUACAACAACUACAGAAAGUACCACACCAGGCACCACAGCAAGUUCUACCACAAGCACAUCCUCAGUUACAACUACCAGACCAACAACAACACCAGGUACCACACUUAGUCCUACCACAACCACCAUCAGCACAACGACAGUCACAACUACGACAACCCCAACAACUACAACAGAGACCACAACUACACCAUCAACAAUCUCUCCAAGCACUCCUACUGUGAGCACCACAGCAGGCACGACUACGUCAAGUUGUCAGUCUGAAUUAGUGUGUAAAUGGACCGACUGGAUAGAUAACAGUUAUCCAAAACCUGGACCAAAUGGAGUGGAGAUUGAAACACUGGAAAACAUCACAUGCCAUACUUAUGGAGAAGUCCAAUGUAGGGCCAAGAAGUAUCCAACGUUGACAAUAGAAAACUUGGGUCAAAAUGUGCAAUGUGGUCCUUCAGGAUUAACCUGCAGAAACAAGGAGAAGUCUAACGAUACAUGUCAUAAUUAUGAAAUACGAGUCAGAUGUUGCAUUUGUUUAGGUACAACAACCACAACAGAGACCAGAACUACACCAUCAACAAUCUCUCCAAGCACUCCUACUGUAAGCAUAACAACAGUCACAACUACAACAUUUACCGUGAUAACAGGGUCUAUAAAUACAAUUACAUCUAAGGGCCAAGUAGUUGUUACGACAGAGAGCAGCACUACAUCAGUAAAGCCUCUAACAACUACAACAUCUUUGGGUACAACCACAAUAACAUCACCAAGAAAGAGCACAAGUACACUAUCAAGUACUAGUCCUACAACAAGUACAGAAAGUAUCACACCAAGUACCACAGUACGUCCUACCACAAGCACAUCCUCAGUUACAACUACAACAUCCCCAACAACCACAACAGAGACGACAACUACACCAUCAACAAUCUCUCCAAGCACUCCUACUGUAAGCACAACAGCUGCCACAACCACAAUAUCAGGUACCACACUUAGUCCUACCACAACCACCAUCAGCACAACGACAGUCACAACUACGACAACCCCAACAUCCACAACAGAGACCACAACUACACCAUCAACAAUCUCUCAAGGCACUCCUACUGUGAGCACAACAGGUGGCACAACAACAACAUCAAGUACCACACUAAGUCCUACCACAACCACCAUCAGCACGACAGUCACAACUACAACACCCCCAACAACCACAACAGAGACCACAACUACACCAUCAACAAUCUCCCCAAGCACUCCUACUGUGAGCACAACAGCUGCCACAACCACAACCGAAGAAACAACUACAACUACUACAACUGGCCCAACAACAACUCCAAGAGAGAGCACAAGUACAUUAACAACUACAAGCCCUACAACAACUACAGAAAGUACCACACCAGGCACCACAGCAAGUUCUACCACAAGCACAUCCUCAGUUACAACUACCGGACCAACAACAACACCAGGUACCACACUUAGUCCUACCACAACCACCAUCAGCACAACGACAGUCACAACUACGACAACCCCAACAUCCACAACAGAGACCACAACUACACCAUCAACAAUCUCUCCAAGCACUCCUACUGUGAGCACAACAGGUGGCACAACAACAACAUCAGGAACCACACUAAGUCCUACGACAACCACCAUCAGCACGACAGUCACAACUACAACACCCCCAACAACCACAACAGAGACCACAACUACACCAUCAACAAUCUCCCCAAGCACUCCUACUGUGAGCACAACAGCUGCCACAACCGAAGAAACAACUACAACUACUACAACUGGCCCAACAACAACACCAAGAGAGAGCACAAGUACAUUAACAACUACAAGCCCUACAACAACUACAGAAAGUACCACACCAGGCACCACAGCAAGUUCUACCACAAGCACAUCCUCAGUUACAACUACCGGACCAACAACAACACCAGGUACCACACUUAGUCCUACCACAACCACCAUCAGCACAACGACAGUCACAACUACGACAACCCCAACAACCACAACAGAGACCACAACUACACCAUCAACAAUCUCCCCAAGCACUCCUACUGUGAGCACAACAGCUGCCACAACCACAACCGAAGAAACAACUACAACUACUACAACUGGCCCAACAACAACUCCAAGAGAGAGCACAAGUACAUUAACAACUACAAGCCCUACAACAACUACAGAAAGUACCACACCAGGCACCACAGCAAGUUCUACCACAAGCACAUCCUCAGUUACAACUACCGGACCAACAACAACACCAGGUACCACACUUAGUCCUACCACAACCACCAUCAGCACAACGACAGUCACAACUACGACAACCCCAACAUCCACAACAGAGACCACAACUACACCAUCAACAAUCUCUCCAAGCACUCCUACUGUGAGCACAACAGGUGGCACAACAACAACAUCAGGAACCACACUAAGUCCUACGACAACCACCAUCAGCACGACAGUCACAACUACAACACCCCCAACAACCACAACAGAGACCACAACUACACCAUCAACAAUCUCCCCAAGCACUCCUACUGUGAGCACAACAGCUGCCACAACCGAAGAAACAACUACAACUACUACAACUGGCCCAACAACAACACCAAGAGAGAGCACAAGUACAUUAACAACUACAAGCCCUACAACAACUACAGAAAGUACCACACCAGGCACCACAGCAAGUUCUACCACAAGCACAUCCUCAGUUACAACUACCGGACCAACAACAACACCAGGUACCACACUUAGUCCUACCACAACCACCAUCAGCACAACGACAGUCACAACUACGACAACCCCAACAUCCACAACAGAGACCACAACUACACCAUCAACAAUCUCUCAAGGCACUCCUACUGUGAGCACAACAGGUGGCACAACAACAACAUCAGGAACCACACUAAGUCCUACAACAACCACCAUCAGCACGACAGUCACAACUACAACACCCCCAACAACCACAACAGAGACCACAACUACACCAUCAACAAUCUCCCCAAGCACUCCUACUGUGAGCACAACAGCUGCCACAACCACAACCGAAGAAACAACUACAACUACUACAACUGGCCCAACAACAACACCAAGAGAGAGCACAAGUACAUUAACAACUACAAGCCCUACAACAACUACAGAAAGUACCACACCAGGCACCACAGCAAGUUCUACCACAAGCACAUCCUCAGUUACAACUACCAGACCAACAACAACACCAGGUACCACACUUAGUCCUACCACAACCACCAUCAGCACGACAGUCACAACUACAACACCCCCAACAACCACAACAGAGACCACAACUACACCAUCAACAAUCUCCCCAAGCACUCCUACUGUGAGCACAACAGCUGCCACAACCACUACCGAAGAAACAACUACAACUACUACAACUGGCCCAACAACAACACCAAGAGAGAGCACAAGUACACUAACAACUACAAGCCCUACAACAACUACAGAAAGUACCACACCAGGCACCACAGCAAGUUCUACCACAAGCACAUCCUCAGUUACAACUACUGGACCAACAACAACACCAGGUACCACACUUAGUCCUACCACAACCACCAUCAGCACAACGACAGUCACAACUACGACAACCCCAACAACCACAACAGAGACCACAACUACACCAUCAACAAUCUCUCCAAGCACUCCUACUGUGAGCACAACAGGUGGCACAACAACAACACCAGGUACCACACUUAGUCCUACCACAACCACCAUCAGCACAACGACAGUCACAACUACGACAACCCCAACAACCACAACAGAGACCACAACUACACCAUCAACAAUCUCUCCAAGCACUCCUACUGUGAGCACAACAGCUGGCACAACAACAACAUCAGGAACCACACUAAGUCCUACCACAACCACCAUCAGCACGACAGUCACAACUACAACACCCCCAACAACGACAACAGAGACCACAACUACACCAUCAACAAUCUCCCCAAGCACUCCUACUGUGAGCACAACAGCUGCCACAACCACAACCGAAGAAACAACUACAACUACUACAACUGGCCCAACAACAACACCAAGAGAGAGCACAAGUACACUAACAACUACAAGCCCUACAGCAACUACAGAAAGUACCACACCAGGCACCACAGCAAGUUCUACCACAAGCACAUCCUCAGUUACAACUACUGGACCAACAACAACACCAGGUACCACACUUAGUCCUACCACAACCACCAUCAGCACAACGACAGUCACAACUACGACAACCCCAACAACCACAACAGAGACCACAACUACACCAUCAACAAUCUCUCCAAGCACUCCUACUGUGAGCACAACAGGUGGCACAACAACAACAUCAGGAACCACACUAAGUCCUACGACAACCACCAUCAGCACGACAGUCACAACUACAACACCCCCAACAACCACAACAGAGACCACAACUACACCAUCAACAAUCUCCCCAAGCACUCCUACUGUGAGCACAACAGCUGCCACAACCACAACCGAAGAAACAACUACAACUGCUACAACUGGCCCAACAACAACACCAAGAGAGAGCACAAGUACACUAACAACUACAAGCCCUACAGCAACUACAGAAAGUACCACACCAGGCACCACAGCAAGUUCUACCACAAGCACAUCCUCAGUUACAACUACUGGACCAACAACAACACCAGGUACCACACUUAGUCCUACCACAACCACCAUCAGCACAACGACAGUCACAACUACGACAACCCCAACAACCACAACAGAGACCACAACUACACCAUCAACAAUCUCUCCAAGCACUCCUACUGUGAGCACAACAGCUGCCACAACCACUACCGAAGAAACAACUACAACUACUACAACUGGCCCAACAACAACACCAAGAGAGAGCACAAGUACACUAACAACUACAAGCCCUACAACAACUACAGAAAGUACCACACCAGGCACCACAGCAAGUUCUACCACAAGCACAUCCUCAGUUACAACUACCGGACCAACAACAACACCAGGUACCACACUUAGUCCUACCACAACCACCAUCAGCACAACGACAGUCACAACUACGACAACCCCAACAACCACAACAGAGACCACAACUACACCAUCAACAAUCUCUCCAAGCACUCCUACUGUGAGCACAACAGGUGGCACAACAACAACAUCAGGAACCACACUAAGUCCUACCACAACCACCAUCAGCACGGCAGUCACAACUACAACACCCCCAACAACCACAACAGAGACCACAACUACACCAUCAACAAUCUCUCCAAGCACUCCUACUGUGAGCACAACAGGUGGCACAACAACAACAUCAGGAACCACACUAAGUCCUACCACAACCACCAUCAGCACGACAGUCACAACUACAACACCCCCAACAACCACAACAGAGACCACAACUACACCAUCAACAAUCUCUCCAAGCACUCCUACCACAAUCACCUACCACAGCCCUACCACAAUCACCAUCAGCACAACAGCUGGCACAACCACAUCAGAAGAAACAACCACAACUACUACAACUGGCCCAACAACUACAACACAAAGAACAACAACACCAAAACUUCCACCAACUACAACAACUUUUAGCACAACCACAUCUCCAUUAGAGAGCACAAGCACAUUAACAGCAACUAGCCCUACUUUGAGCACAACACCUCCAAGAGAAACAACAAUCACAACCACUACAGCUACAUCCACAGUGAGUGCGUCCACAUCAACAUCAACCAAAGCAACCACAGUGGAAGCCACCACGAAAUGCUUCUGUCAGUACGGAUCCAAUUAUUAUCUACCAGGUUCUUACCUGUAUAACAAAACGGAUGAGGGAGGCUGGUGUUAUACUGCAUAUUGCAAUUAUUCAUGUCAAGUUGAGAAAGAGACAAGACCAUGCCCUUCCACUGCUCCUCCUACCGUUUCAACACCUAGCAAACCUUGCAUAGAUGUGAAAAAGAAGCAUGGAGACACGUGGAGUGAAAAUUGCACCACAUACACCUGUGUGAAUGGUGAAGUGUCCUCCAAACCUGUUCAAUGCAACCCCAAGUCCCCAGAGAAACCGCAGUGUGAAAACCAGUACACGCCUGUGAAGGUCUACGAUAAGAGUGGCUGCUGUUACCACUAUGAGUGUCAAUGUACAUGUACUGGAUGGGCAGGUCCUCACUAUGAAACCUUUGAUGGGAAAUAUUAUGCUUUCCAAGGAAACUGCACUUAUGUUUUAGUCCAAGAGAUAAUACAAAAGUACAAUUUCAGCGUUCAUAUCAAGAAGAGCUACUGCGAUGACUUAAGCAAUUCUGCCUGCAAGCAGUAUUUAACCAUUUAUUACAAGUCAUACAAGGUCCUGUUUGACCAGCAAGGAAAUACAACUGUCAACAUGGUACAUGUAAAUGGAAGAAGAGUGUACCCCACUUUCACUAAUGGAGAUUUCAACAUAACAAGCACAGGGAUAGAUAUGCGAAUGCAUAUCUCUGAGAUUAAAACAACAGUGGUUUUCAAGGGCUCUAAUUUUAUCAUCAAUCUGCCCGAGUCACUCUUCCAUGGCAACACGGAGGGCCAGUGUGGAAACUGUGACAACAACAGCGCCAAUGACUGCAAACUUCCCGACGGCCAGACCAAACCGUCAUGCAACAAGACUGCUGAGAGCUGGGCAGUCAACGGCACAUGCAUCCCUGGCCCUCCUACCACUCCGCCUCCCUCUCCGCCCCCUACCCAACAGCCCUGCAUUCCUGAUAUCUGUGAGAUCAUUACAAGCAAGGUUUUUGAAAAGUGUCGGGAGGUUGUGGGAUACAAGAUGUACUACGAGGCCUGCCUUGGCACUAAUUGCGACUCAGCCUGCAGUAGUCUGCAAGCUUUUGCUGACCACUGUGCAUAUGAGUCACAAUGUGUCGAAUGGAGGAACCUUACCAAAGGGCACUGUGAGUAUAAAUGUCAAGACAAUAAAGUGUACAAGUCCUGUGGAACUACACUACCACGAACAUGUCAAAGUUGUGCAGAGGAGCCAGACUGUGGGAAGGAAAGUGAUUCAUCAUUGUGUUCCACCAAUAAAGCAGAAGGUUGUUACUGCGCUGAAGGAGAAGUUCUCUUCAGUCCAUACUCAGAUGAGUGUGUACCAAGCUCCUGUGAGGUUUGCACAGGCCCUGAUGGCACGGCCAAAAAGCCUGGCGACAAAUGGCGUUAUGGGUGUAAGGAGUGUGAGUGCAGCAACUUCUCCUACACCACUGAGUGCUGGGAUAUCGAGUGCAAUCCUCAAACAAUUGCCUGUCCAUUGGGCCAGAGGGUAGUUAAUAAGACUGUGGACUGUUGCAUGGAGUAUGAAUGUGAACCUAAAGACGUUUGUGUUUAUGACAACACAGAACGCCAGCCUGGUGAGAAAUGGUCAUCUUCCGAUGACAAGUGUGUGAAAUACAGCUGCGUUAAACAAAAUGAUCAGUUUGUGGUUGUGGAGGUCAUAACUACCUGUCCUAGGUUCAACCCUGAAGACUGCAUACCCGGUACCGAGCGCACUGAUGCAGCUGGAUGCUGCAAAAUCUGCACUCCAAAGAGCUGCAAAGUCUCAAAGAAGCAGGCCUAUCUGGAGAUCAGUAACUGUAACUCCACCACUCCUGUGGAACUCACCACCUGUUCGGGGGCCUGUGCCACAUCCUCCAAGUACUCGAUGGAGAUGAACACGAUAAUGCAUAGCUGCGCUUGCUGUGUGGAACAGAAAACAAGUCAAAGAGAGACUGAGAUGCGCUGCACCAACGGGACAACCAUCACUCAGUCCUAUGUUUACAUCGAAGAGUGUGGCUGCGAGACACAAAAGUGUGAAGACAAAAAAGAUUAAUGAAAUUCUAUUAACAUUUUCAACCUUUCCCUGAACAAUCAUAAGUGAGAUGUAUCAAUCCAACCUAAGAUAUGUCCAACAGGACAGGAACUAUUAAUGAAGUGACUAUUCUAUUAUUCCAAUAUAUCUCUCAUUCUCUGUUACAAGGGGUCUAUCUCUUUAAAAUAUUAAUUAAUGGAGAACUCUUAGAUUUAAGGUAUUCAUAGGAACUAAUCAAAGAAAGUUGAACUUUUUGUUGAACUGAUGAACAUUUUCUUGAAUUGCCCAUGAAGAAAACAUGGGUAUAAUCAAAACCAUUUCCUUGUUUUCCCCAUGCAUGCAUGCCACUAGAGUAUACUGUUCUCAAAACUACCUAAUUCAUCUGGCAUUUGUCUUCAUAUAUGUUUAAAUUGUACUUGCAUGUGUCCUUAAGUAUGUUACUGUGAUGUAUGCUUUGAUUUAUAUUCAUCAGUUAUUAAAAAAUAUAUUAACAGCA